CCUCACUGAAAGUGGUUAACCCUAGCAGCGCAUGCUGGCUGCAACAGGAUCCUGUUCGUGGCCCCCUUUCUUGGGGCUCUCGCCAUACACCGGUCAGUUGGAAUUUGAAGGAGCACAAUGUGAUUAAUCUGCCAUUCAGAAUCUGCUACAGCAGAAAGUCAGCUGUCCCUUGUAAAACAGAUAUCUCCUCUUCUUCCUCUCCUGCCCCUGCUAUUGGAUCGACAAACUGCUGUAGGAUGGCACAUGACUUCACAGCCCUGCCAAUCCCCUGCAGAUGCAGCAAUGUUAAUCGCUGGCUGGUGCGUAGGUCUAUCCAGAGCUCUUCCCGAUGUACUUGUGCAGAGGCAUACAUCCAAAUAGUGGGGGAGUGUGUGUGUGUGAAGUUUGAGAGUUUUGCAUUGUGGGGCUGAAUACGGUAACAAGGUGGUUCAUUCUGUCUCUUCAGAAACUGCCCAGCAAGGACUGAUGGGCUGGUUGUCAGUCCCCAUAUGCUGCUUGUGAGGCCAGGAUCAGGAUGCUACAAGAGUGAAAUGGAUGGCAGUGGGUUAUCAGAAGUUGCUUUUGAAGCGGAAUGGAUGUGUGAAGAGUCCUCUGCAAAAUUUCUGGUGCAGAAUCACCCCUAAGACACCAGCGAGGCAGACAGAUGGCAGUUUUUGAACCAGUUUCACAAGGUGUCCUGAAAGCAAGACGUAGCUGUAUUUAAUCCACUAGGCAAAGGGGAGUACCUCCAGUGAAUUAGCAACACCCCUUUUUUUCUUUUCCUUUUUUUUUUUUUUUUGGUGACUGCGUGUUAGCUGGAUACUUUGGGGUUUUUUUAUAAAGCUGUGAAUAAUCUUUUUAAUUUUUUUCCUCAAAUGAAGUACUCUGUGGCCUCUUGCAUAGAUUUGUUGAAUCCUUGAUUCUGCAUUUUUUCCUAAGCUACACCUGUGUGCCAGUCUACUCAGCUCCUCCAGACAAGGAGGAAAUAAAAGUUCAAGUUUUUCAUCAUACAGUGUAACUUAACACCAGGAGGCCAGCUUUUAUAGUGCAUCCAUAGGAAGCAUCUCCGCUACGGCCUUUCACCACACUGGAGACAGACUGAAGAUGUCGGCAGCUGGCAAAUGUGAAAGCAAUGAAGAGGUGUUCUGAGGUUGGCAGUGCUUUUUAUAGUACGUGCAUUUUCUGGGAAGGGCAUAAGAAGGUAGAUAAAAAGAAAGUGAUUGUGGCAAGCUGAGAAGUAGCUGUAGCAGACCAAGAAGUUCCAAAGAGAAGAUCACAGCAAAAAGGUCCUCAGGCUCCAUCCGCCACCAGCUGAUCACAUUGCAGCGGCAUAGGUGUUGACAUGAGGACCAGGAGGUGUCCUGUCUGCUUUGCAGCUUGUCUACUGGUCCUGCUGGGUAAACACCAGAGAGAGCCCACUACAGAGGCAGAGCACAUGUUUUAAGAGAGCUGACAAGCCAGUUCCUGCACAUACAUGCAUCUUUGUAAGAGCGCUCCAAGUCCAGGGGCCUCUGUGGCACUGCAUGGAUAUAAGAACUGUUGCAUGUGUGGGGUUAGACUCUGCUUUUUGAGAGAUGAUGCUCCGACGAGGAUUUAUUCUAUUUUUCCCCCGACUUGUAGGGCUGCUGGUGGUGGCCUGUUGCUCAGUGUCUAUUGUUUAUAUGUUGGCUUGCACACCCAAGGGUGACAACCAACAGCUUGCCUUGCCCAGGGUGCACAGUCCGACUGCAAAGGAGGGAUAUGAAGUCAUUCUGCAAGAGCGAGAAGAGCAGCACCACAACUACAUCAUCAGCUUGAAGAAGCAAAUUGCCCAACUGAAGGCUGAGCUCCAGGGCAGGAGUGAACAGCUUAAGAACAUAGAGGACCAGCACCCAGACCCCUUGGACAUUCAGCUUGAACACAGUAACCCAGAGAAGGCCCAGGCUAACCUGCUGGCUUUCCUCCGUUCCCAAAUAGACAAAGCAGAGGUGCACAGUGGUGUUAAGCUGUCCACAGAGUAUGCAGCUGUGCCCUUUGAGAGCUUUACCCUGCAGAAGGUGUACCAACUGGAGACAGGGCUGACGCGCCACCCGGAAGAGAAACCUGUAAGGAAGGAUAAGCGAGAUGAGUUGAUACAGGUGAUCGAGUUAGCUGUUGGGAAUUUGAACAAUCCAGAGGGGGAUGGCAAUGCAAAACACCGUGUAUACACAGCCUCCGACUUUGUUGAAGGGAUCUACCGCACAGAAAAAGACAAAGGCACAUUGUAUGAGCUGACUUUCAAAGGAGACACAAAGCAUCAGUUUAAGAAGAUAGUUUUAUUCCGGCCAUUUGGUCCUGUAAUGAAAGUGAAAAAUGAAAAUGUCAAUGUGGCUGACACACUUAUUAAUGUCAUUGUGCCAUUGGCCAAGAGAGCCAGCAAAUUUCGGCAAUUCAUGCAGAAUUUCAGGGAAAUGGGCAUUCAGCAGGAUGGGAGAAUUCACCUCACUGUAGUUUACUUUGGAAAAGAAGAAAUGAAUGAAGUCAAAUCGAUACUUGAAAAUACCUCCAAGUCAGCCAACUUCAAGAACUUCACCUUCAUCCACUUGAACGAAGAAUUUUCCAGGGGUAAAGGAUUAGAUGUUGGUGCUCGAUUUUGGAAAGGAAACAAUGUUGUUCUCUUUUUUUGCGACGUGGACAUAUACUUCACAGCUGAAUUCCUGAACUCCUGUAGAUUGAACACACAGCCAGGGAAAAAGGUGUUUUAUCCUGUUCUCUUCAGCCAGUACAAUCCCAGUAUCAUUUAUGGCCACCAUGAUUCCAUCCCACCUUUAGAACAGCAGCUGAUUAUUAAAAAAGAAAAUGGAUUUUGGAGAGACUUUGGUUUUGGGAUGACUUGCCAGUACAGAUCUGAUUUUAUCAACAUAGGUGGCUUUGAUCUGGACAUUAAAGGCUGGGGUGGUGAAGAUGUACAUCUGUACCGCAAAUACCUUCACAGCAACCUCAUCGUGAUCCGAACGCCAGUCAGGGGUCUCUUCCAUCUGUGGCAUGAGAAGCAAUGUCUGGACGAGCUGACCCCAGAGCAGUACAAAAUGUGCAUGCAGUCCAAGGCCAUGAACGAGGCUUCUCAUGGCCAGCUUGGGAUGCUUGUUUUCAAGCAAGAGAUUGAGACACACCUGCACAGGCAGAAACUGAGCAAUAAGAAGACAUGAAGCCAGAAAGGGAGGCAAAAAAGCCUCUGAAUUGGACUACAGGGUGUUUUGGAAAUGAGUUGCUAACAAGAAAAGAUGGGAUGAGACUGAAGGAGGAUGGAGAUUCCAGCUGGAUGGCAGCAAAAGAAGAUGAAAGUGCUUUUCCUCCCUUCUCCUGUUUCUUUUCUUAAUAGGGCUUUUAAGUCCUCCAUUAGCCUGACUGUUCAGCACUUGCUUCUGGGGGACAUUUUAUGAGAUUCAAGGUCACGGAGACAAUGAACAUACAUAAAUGCCAGCGUGGUAAUCACAAUAACAAAUGGAUGUGCUCUUCCAUUGAAAUAUUUGUAAGAUGUGUACAGUUAUUUAAAUGAUUGACCCUUUGGUGGGCCAGUAAUAACGAGUUAUUUCUACAUUUAACCUGACAUAUCUAAAAAGGGCUAUUUUUGAAUAAGUACAGAGCUCCUGCUCUGAGAAGGACAUCUGACUGUUAACGAUGGUUAAGAUGGAGUGACCAAAAAUCUUUUUCCCUUAAGGGGCUGGGGCAGGGGGACAGCAACAGUGCACUAACAGGGUAUUCCCUGGUCAUUCAGAGAUAGGAGUCACCUCAAAGUGCUUUCUAAAAUUCAGAAAGAAAAAGCCCUACCGGUCAAGUGUGAUGUUAAAAAACACUGGAGGGUAAUGUUUGUUCCCUUCUGUGGACAGUGAACCAAAAGCAAUGAGCCAGGUCUGUACCACAUUAAUCAGAUGGUGUAUUUCUGCUUUAGGAUACUGUAAGUAUCUCAAGAUUUAUUUUUAAAUGAAGCUGGUUUUGUUUGGGAAUUAUUUUGUCAUACUUCAGGUUUUCUACUUCUAGCCUUACUAGGGAAGAGUACGGCCUUCCAACACUUGGAAAAUGCUCGGCAGAUCUGUGCUUCCUGUGGAUGGGAACUGGAUUCAGAUAAGUGAAGUCAUUUUUCUGCACAGCCUGGGUGCUGGAAGGCAGAAGCUUUACCAUGCUGAAGAAAAGGAAUUAUGUAUCAACUUGCAGUACUGAUUCAGCAGGAGGCUUUAAACUCUGAAUGUCAGAUACCAAAAUUGAUGAACAUUUUUCUGACUUUAUACCAAAGUAUUCCUUCUAAACCAAAUAUAGAAUCUUUCCCAGGGCAUAGCAAGCUUUUUGUAAUUAACAAAAUAAAUUUUUGUGAUGAAUUACUGGACCCUGCAAAUUCUCUCAUGGUAAUUAUAGGUGCAUCCUAAAAAUUUGCCUCUUCCUUAAUAGAUUUUUUUCAAUUGCCUAAACUGUUGAAAGUGUGAGUUACUGUUUUUAUAAAGCAUUUUCUUUUACUGCAGA